CGAGUGCCCGGCUCCUUGUCCCUGCCGGGCCCGCCCUGCAGGAGCCGGCUCCAGCCUGUCCGGGGCGCGGCGUGCGGAGCCGGAGCCCGAGCCCGGGAUGGAGGAAGAGGAGGAGGAGGAAGAAGAGUGGCUGAACCGCGCAGCGCAGGCCCAGCUUCAAGGCAAGGUCCUAUUUCUUACAAUAUGUGCUGCUGGGAUUGGAGGGACUUUCCAGUAUGGCUAUAACAUCUCCAUCAUCAAUGCUCCAACUACAUACAUUCAGACAUUUAUAAAUGAAACAUGGCUAGAACGCACAGGCACAUCUCUAGAGAGCAGUGUGAUAUUGCUGGUGUGGUCUUUCGUUGUUUCUGUCUAUUCUCUGGGAGGACUCACUGGAGCUCUCAUUGCAGGACCCAUGGCAAUCAAGCUGGGAAGGAAGACAUCCUUGCUGCUGAAUAACGCGUUUGUGAUCAUAGCUGCAGUCUUGUCAGGAUUCAGCCGGAUGGCCAAAUCCUUCGAAAUGAUCAUGCUCGGCAGAUUUUUCACUGGAAUCAAUGCUGGUGUGAGCAUGAACAUUCAGCCCAUGUACCUGGGGGAAAGUGCUCCCAAGAAGGUCAGAGGAGCAGUGACCUUGACUUCUGCAUCAUUUACUGCCCUGGGGUUGGUGCUGGGACAAGUUGUUGGAAUUAGAGAACUAUUAGGGGGAGAGGAGAGCUGGCCUCUUCUUUUAGCUAGCAAUGUGGUGCCUGCUCUAAUCCAGCUGAUUACUCUGCCUUGGUUACCAGAAAGCCCUAGGUACCUCUUGAUUGACCGAGGUGACAAGGAAUCCUGCAUCUGUGCAUUGCAGAAGCUGAGAGGUAGUGGUGACCUGAGCAGUGAGCUGGAGGAAAUGCUAGCAGAACAGGCUGCCAUGAAAGGUCAGAGGGCAAAGAGUCCGUGGGAGCUGUGCCAGAAUCCAGCUGUAAGAUGGCAGCUGAUAAGUAUCGUUGUGCUGAGCAGUGCCAUGCAGCUCUGUGGAAAUGACUCGAUGUAUUUUUAUGCUUCCUAUGUGUUCCAAGAGGCUGGAAUUCCAUAUGAGAAAAUCCAAUAUGUCAUUAUCGGCACGGGGUGCUGCGAAUUGAUCACAGCCGUUACUUCUAAUGCAAUAAUAGAGCGUGCUGGGCGGCGGUUGCUGAUUCUGGGGGGAUACAGCCUCAUGGCAGUAUGGGCCAUCGUCUUCAUGGUUGCUUUAUCCCAGCAGAGUCGGAUUAGCUGGAUGCCUUACCUCAGCAUGGCCUGUAUUUUCGCCUAUAUCCUGAGCUUUGGAAUUGGACCAGCUGGUGUGACAGGAAUUUUGCCGACAGAGAUUUUUGAUCAACUGUCUCGUCCAGCUGCUUACAUGAUCUGUGGCUCUCUGCUCUGGUCCAAUCUAUUUGCUGUUGGAAUGGCCUUUCCAUUCAUUGUGGAAGGUCUUGCUCACUUCUGCUACCUUCCGUUCUUCGCGGUUUGUGUCUGCACUGCUCUAUAUGUCGGGUUUUUUCUUCCCGAGACAAAGGGGAAAACCUUCCUGGAAAUCUCCAAUGAGUUCAACAAGCGCAACUUCAAAGCUCAGACACGUGAGAAGUUUUGGAAAGGCCCUGAGGAAAUCAAAUCCACUAUGUUAUAGUCUGGGAAUAAGUAAAGGUGGCUGGUGGUUGGAAAAUAUCCUGAGAUGUUUCUCUUUUCUUGUUAGGGUGGAGACAGAAGAGGUGGGGGCUAGGGAGAAGACACUAGUCUUGGUUGUGUAGUGGAAAGUUUUCAUACUAAAGCAGGAAGUUCAGCUGAUGUUUCUUGUUCACUUCAUUUGUUAAAAACAGUUUGCACUGCAUUUCUGCUUAGAACUAUAGCAUUUAUUUAUUCCACAGUGCCCUUUGCCAUCUCUUGGGAGCAUCCACAGUGAUAUGCUACUUUGACAAACCAUUUUGAAAGCUUCUUUUAAAAAGAAUGGAUCACACUGGAUAUUAUGAUUCCAUUUAUUAAUUGUUUAUAAAGGGUUAAUAAAAUAUUAAUAUAUGUUAUACACAUUACAGACAUGAGUACUAUGCAUUAUAGAUUGUUGUAAGCAGAAGGUGUUAUAGAUGGUUAUAACUAGGGGCCUCAUUAAAUCACAAUUUCAUGGAGACCACGGAAAUCGUAAAUAUGCCCUUGGGCCCCAAACCAUGAAAUGGUAGUCAAUUUCAGGGACAGAAUGUAUUUUACAACUAAAUUGAGUCAAUUUCAAGAUGGAAUAAAUUUUACACAUAGUAGUCAAUUUAAAGGGCGGGAUGAAUUUUACAAGUAAUAUUAAUCAAUUUCAAGAAUGGAAUCAGUUCCCAACCUUGAAAUUGACUAAAUUUAGUUGUAAACUUCAUUCCAUCUUUGAAAUUCUCUAACAUUAACUGUAAAAUUCAUUCCACUCAAACUCCAUGAAAUUCAGUACUCUGCCAUUUAAACUGUUGUGGAUUUUCUUAAAAUAAAUAAAUAAUAAUUGAAAAAAAAAUUAAAAAAAGGCUCUAGUUAAAAGCCACCUAUUGACCUUCUGGCCUCUGUAAUAAUCUAUAACGUUUGAUUAACCACAUAUUAAAAAUCUGUCAAUCAUUCAUUAACCCAAUAAUUAAUUAAUCUUUUACAAGCCUUUUAUUCGUGGAACAGAAAAUUAAAGUAUGAGCAAAUAAUGUGUUCAUUUCCCCCCUCCCCUCUGCUUCCCUUUCUCCAUCAAAGUCAUCACUUUUGCUUUAUUUUUAAUUUUAGACAAAUACUAAAGAAAUCUUUAGAGGACUUUUAUUUGGGGGAAAUAUACACCUAGCACUUAGUGACUUCUCACUGUUUUGUCCUGCACAAUCAGCUUGUGUUUUCCUCUCAUUUAGCUACCCCACUAGUUGUGGUUCAGAUACCUCAUAAAUUCAGAUAAGGGGCACUAAUGCUGAUUGUGUCAGUGAUGAAAUUCAGUUAUUGUUUUUUGUAAUCCCAUCCACUCAAGUGCAGCACAGAGACGUUAAUCUUUCUGAAGGAAAGUUAAUUUUUAACUGCAAUAUGUUUUCCAGCCACAUAAAUAUACAGACAUAUUAAGUGUGCAAAAGUACUCUGUCGUGCCUUGCGCCUCAGGUGCCCCAGGUGUGUAUAUACUGACUGUUGUGUCAUCGUUCACAUGAGACAAAUGACUGAUACAUCUCAGUGAAAGUUUAACAGUCAGUUGGUAUUUUUCAAGGCUAAAUGGCAUAUACUUGGGAACCCUAAUUUAAAGUGUUACGAACUGGUUGUAUAUUCUGUUUCUCUCUGAGCAGUACCAGACUCCAGUUUAAUACUUAACUAUAUUUCUUCUUUAGCUCUUCUUCACCCAAACAAUGUCUACCUCGCUAUAAUCCUCUCAACUCUUUGCCUCUAAACCUGACUCUGAAAUAAUUAAUCAUAUUAAGGCCAAUCUUAAGUUCUGUUUUCAGAAGCCAGAUGACAUUUUAUUUCCUCAUCUCAAUGCUCAUGUUUUUGAUGGUAUAAGUGAUCUCAAAUAGAUGCCAACCUGUUGAACAAUAACGGGCUGAUAAUCAUUUAACAGACUGGGAAGGAAAGCUCCUCUUCCUACUUAAUCAGUGACUUGUUGUACACCUGACUUUUGGGCAUUGCUUUUGGAAUUAUUUAUUCUGAACUGGUUCUCUUCAUGGCUUACUCAUAGUGGUUUAUGUACAUUUUAAAACGUAUACAGCUACUUCUCUUGCACUGUUUGUAUGAGAGGCACGUGGGCUCCCAGGGGUGCUCUUGAUACUUCUCAUAGGGCUUGGUUCUUCAUAUUAGCUCUGCCAAGCUCAGAGUAGAGAGAGGAGCCAGUCAUGGCCUCCUGAUUCUGUUAUGUGCAUCCGGUUCAAGCUCAAGCUGUAGCAGGCAGAUGUAACUUAGGCCUGGUCCACACUAACCCCCCACUUCGAACUAAGGUC